UUUGUCAGCAAGGAUGAGUAACCUUUUUUCGUUAAUUGCGGUUUUCCUUUUCACCUUUGAAAUAGUUUGGACACUUAGAGUCCCUCGCUCGACGUACGCCGGCCGCCAGCUGCUCGUAGGAUACUGGGGACAAAACGGAGCAGGACCCGCAAAUGGCCCAGCAAACUACGAAAAGUCGCUGCUUGAAGUGUGCAGGACAACAAAAUACGACAUCUUGGCUGUGUCUUUUGUCAUUGUCUUCUUUGACCCAAGAAACAAAGGUCUUCCAGCGCUGAACUUUGCUUAUCACUGCGAGACAUCUGUUUCUCCAGAGUAUCCUUUCCUGUUGAGAUGUCCAAAAAUAGAAGAAGGGAUAUUAGAAUGUCAGAAAAGAGGAAAGAAGGUCUUGAUGUCUAUAGGUGGUGCCACAGGUGAUGGAACUCUACCCUCCGCUUACAAGGCCAGAGAACUUGCCAGAACUCUGUCCGAUUUGUUCUUAGCUGUGGGAAAUCGCUACCAAGAUUUGAGACCUUUUGGAAGUGCUGUCAUGGACGGUAUUGAUCUUGACAUCGAGGGAGGAGACAAGAAACACUACGGGGAGUUUAUUCAGGAAUUGCGAACGCUCAUGGACAACGACCAAUCAAAGGGUUAUCUGAUCACAGGCGCGCCUCAGUGCCCAUAUCCCGACCACUUCCUAGGACCUGGGCCGGGAACUGGCCUGGAGGAAGCCGGUCAUCUCGUGGACCAUCUUUACAUUCAGUUCUACAACAAUUACUGUCACACCGGGGCUGGUGACUGGUUCACUGACACUCUGAAUAAAUGGCUAAAGUUUGCUAGUGGUAAGACCCCGCAGGGACCCUUGAUUUUUAUCGGUCUCCCUGCGGCCACAAAGGGCGCCAGUGGUGCACAUUUUUACAGACCACCAGCUGAGCUGACGAAGAUGUAUCAGGCCGUCAAAAAUCUGCCAGGCAUCGGUGGAAUAAUGCUCUGGGACGUAUCCUGGGAUCAAAACAAUGUCAUCAGCGGACAACGAUACUCUGAGUAUGCUUUUAAGGAGCUUGACGGCGCUAUCGUGCCUCCAGUAACAACUCCGGCACCUCCUCCGCCAGUUAGUACACAGGCUCCUCCUCCUCCGCCAGUCAGUACUCAGGCCCCUCCUCCUCCCCCGCCAGUAACAACUCAAGCACCUCCCCCACCGACUGGUCCGUUCUCCUGUGAGAGCGCUGGUGACGGUAUUUACCCAGACCCCAGUGAUUGCUCCAAGUACAUCCAAUGUUUUGGUGGUCGACAGUUUAACCAGUCGUGUCCAGGAGGUCUUCUGUUUAACCCAAAAACAAAAGUGUGUGAUUGGCCGCAAAACGUGCAGUGCUGAUGUACAGCGGCUAAUUAUUGUCUAAGCGGGAUCAUUAAAA